CUCCGCUGGAAGCUGAGGAGCUGCGCGACUAUAGGCUCCAGCAGGCACCGUUACCUCGCCGCGGCAUAAAUACUCAGCGCAGAGGAGGCAGGCGUGAUUUUCGCGCCGACUCUCACAUACAAAAGAAGGGAUGGCGCUGAAGCUGAUUAUUUUCGCCGGCUUGGCCGUGGCCGCGGUCAACGCGCAGAUCCCAGGAUUCGGCUCCUGCCCCGAUUACAAACCAGUCGCCGAUUUUGACAUCAGCCGCUUCUUGGGCACCUGGUACGAGAACCAGCGUUACUUCACCCUGUCCGAAGUUGGCACCCGUUGCGGCAAAAUCGAGUACUCCUUGGCACCCAACGGCAAAUACGUCGCCGCCAACACCAUCACUAGCCGACUCACCGGCGUCACCCGUGUCGUCAACGGCGAGCUGAAGGUGGCCUCUGACUCCAAGGAGGGCCGCCUUUCCAUCCGCUACGACCAGGUGCCCAUUGUUGGCUACAACACUGAGUACAACGUCGUCGCUACUGACUACGACUCUUAUGCCAUUCUGUGGUCGUGCAGCGCCUACCUGCCCUAUGUGCUCUCCACCCAGAAUGCUUGGGUGAUGACUCGCGAUGCGGUGCCCGACCCCAAGGUGCUGACGAUCGCUUCGGCCCAACUGGAGAAGCUGGGCCUCAACUUGCGCUUCAUUAGCAACGUCGACCAGGAGGGUUGCAACCAGGCGGCCGAAGCUGCGGCCGCCGCCGCUGCUGCCGCCGCCCCAGCCACAACCACCGUGGCCCCGGCCGUGCGAAACGCCGUCCACGACCAGCAGGUGCAUGUCAAGAAUGUGCAGGCCGAGCAGAACCAGGUUGAGGAGAAGAAGCCCGUCGCUGAGGCCUUCGCCGCCGAGGCCAAGCCCGUCGUAGAUGCUGUUAAGGCCGAGCCUGAACCUGAGCCUGCAGCCGUUGAAGCUGAAAAGGAAACCGUCCCUGCCGUCGCCGAACCCGAACCCACCGUGGACUCGCAGAGGGUAGUCGAAGAGGCCAAGCCCGUCGAAGAGGUGAAACCCGUCGAGGAGGUCAAGCCCGUCAAGGCUGAGGCGUAAACAAGAAGAUGAAGAAAUUCACACACUAAAUAAAACGUAAAAUGCAAAAAAAAAAUUGUUAAAGGCAAAAACAAGCGCCUUCUGUUGAAGUUGGACUCUAACAUCGACAACAUUGGUCACAAUGGUAUAUUUUUUUUGUAUGCUUCAACAAGUGCGUAUACCUCCCCAUUGAGAUAAAUGUUAGCAGCAGUUAAUAGACUAACUUGAUCUUGCACUUCCAGUCACCAAAAAUUAUUACAAACCAACUCCCACGGUGUCUGUCGAUUUAGUCAGCGCACACUUUAACUUCAAGUUGCAUUUUUUAAAUGUCCACGAUCUCCUUUACUCUUGCGUGUGUUUAUUAUAAUUUUUUAGCAUACUAACAUUUUAUAUGGGCUUAUGCAUGCUCUGAGACGCGUAUGUGUUUUUUAUUUAAUAUAAUUUAUUUUUUUACUCUCUUUGUGACCACGUGUUGUCGUGUCAGAGUGCCACGUUAUUUAUUUUCCCCCAAAAACAAAAAAUAAAAAAAAUGUUGUUUUCCCAAA